AGAACAUUGAAUAGAACAGCAAUAGCGUCCCUUGCAUGUUCUAUGAUGGAGCUUCGAAGCUACCUACUCGAGUAUCUGGUAACGUGGAAGAGAAGGAGCUUCCGUAGCUCUUUUUCAUCUCCCAUGUAUUCUCAUGGUUGAUUCGCUCUAGAUUCGUUCUAGAUUUAUUCCAUAUAGAAUGAACAACCCACGAACGUGGAACUUGUCAAUUCACGGUAUCCCGCUACUAUGAAAGAACUAUAAGACGCCAACGCUAUUAUGUUCGCUAGAGAUUUCGCGCAAGAUGCCCAAAGCCGCAGCAUCAUCUCCAAGAUUGAGGGUAUCUUGGAAGAUAUCAUCGACGCGCUUAGCGAGAAUCGAGUGCUUGCCAUUCCUUUGCGUAGUCGCCGGUCGGGGAAUGAGAACCUAGUCCGAUUUCCAGCAAACACAGGUGCAGAGGUAAAGAGAUUUAGUAGGCCAAUCUACCAUCAUCAUACCUUCCUAUAGAUUUUAAAUUCGCUUACAAUAUUGCUUCCUAUUCUCAAGCGUGUCUUCUUCAGAUCCUUCAUAUGUGCCACGAGGCAUUGAUCUCCGACCGUGUCAUUACAAAGAGAAACAUAUACUAUCAAGACCCGGAUCUUUUCGGUAGCCAACAAUAUGUAGAUAACUUGGUCGAUGAUGUCGCCUUUACAUUCAGAGUUGGUAGAGACGCGUUGAAUAUUGUUGCCGCCUACAAAGGCCUUGUCGCAGGAAACGCCACUAUCGCAUUAAAGAGUAACUCUCUAUUAAAUUGCAGUUCUGACAACAAUGGUAUAUUGAUUCCACACGUCGAGACAAUCCGUGAAGUUGAUGUUGGCGAAAUAAAAUGGAUCAUGGUCAUUGAGAAGGAGGCUACCUUUCGAGGGCUGGCUGCAUCUCGAUAUUAUAGAUCAUCAGCCGCUGGGACAGGACUUCUUAUCACAGGCAAGGGGUAUCCAGAUCUCAUCACACGACAGUUUCUUCGUUUUCUUCACUCGGCCUAUUCCCGAAUACCUAUCUAUGCACUUGUGGACUUUGAUCCUAGUGGCAUUGACAUUAUGCUCACGUACAAAUGUGGGAGUCGUAGCCUCAGCCACGAAGAGAAUAUUACAACACCCGGGCUUUCGUGGCUUGGUCCCAAGGGCUGUGACAUUCUAGGCCACACCGGUCAUCGCCAUUCAAUAGGGAACCCCCCAUAUACGCACCAAUCAUUCGGCGUCAGUCCUCCGUCUAGCCAAGAGUCGUCAACGCCACUAGCAUUUUCGCGCAUGCCACCAGCAAGUCCGGUUGAAAUCUUCUCCAACCUUACUACGUUGGAUCGACGAAAGGCAAUAACACUCUUAAGUAGAUUUACCAAGGCAAAUGAUGAGGAUACGGGUAGAGAUAUGGAUGAGAAUGAACUAAUAUGCGAAUUGCAGCUAAUGUUAAUGUUAAACCUCAAGGCUGAGAUUCAAGCGGUAGAUGAUCAUGGGGACUUGACUGGCUGGUUGGACGAAAAGCUCGCAGGCGGAUAAUAGGUACUAAAUGAACUGGUG